AUGGGAUGUAUUGAAGCUAGACCUUCGAAUAGUGAAGAAUUUGCAAUAGAAAACGCUGAGCUAGGACUUUGCUUUGAUAAAGUAAAUCCACUUCAAGUAGAUUUAGUAUUAAGGAAGUUUAGUUAUAACAAUAAACUUAACCAAGGGCAACUUGAAAGAACAUCUGGAAUUUUGGGAUUUCGAAUCUGCAACUAUGGGUUGAAUUUGAAGAUCAGCGACUUGUGGAAUAAAUUAAGGAGCCGGGAUGGAGAUAUCAAUUUAGAAGAUGUAUUAAUUAUCGGAAUACUUCUAAGUAAAGGAAAACCAGAAAUCAAAGCAAGGCUCUUUUUUCAAAUUUUUGACGUUGGAUCUCAGAAUAUUAUAGAAAUAGAUAUAAUAAGAGAAAAGAUUGAGAAAAUUAUUGAUAUUUCUCUAGAAACAUUGGGACGACUCGUUGUUACUGGUCAAAGCAUCCAUUCAAAUGAAAUAAAAAAUAGAAUGUAUAUAGAAGAGUUAAAAAAAGCUAAAAGGUAUUGUGUUGAUGAAGUUACUGGAUGGUUUGGAGAGAAUGCUAAUGAAGAAAGCUGGAUAAAUACAAUUUGCAAUUAUGAGAAAGGAGCGCUUCUUGAAGCGAGAGGAUGACGGAAUUUUUUGAAAAGGCUAGCUGAUGAGAAAAUAAAUGCUAAUCAUAUCAAAGAACAAAAAUCAGGAAACCAAUAA